GGCAUCUCCAAUCUGUACAUAUUUAUUGAAACCGCCUUGCUCUGCGGACCGUACACUCACUUACAAAAUCUAAUUAUUUUUUAAUCGUGUUUUUUUAUUGUGUACUGAAGUGUUAAUAUACAACGAGAUGGCUGGCUCCAGUUUGUCUAUUAAAUACACCCUGGCGUGCGGAUUGGUGCUACUGUGCUUGGCGGCGCUGGUCCGGGAGUCGAACGCGCGACCUCCCUGGAUGUCACAUGAAAGCGGUAUUUUCACCGAGUCAGCAGAGUGUCAUACUGACGAUGAACUCCUCGACCUUUGCCAAAGGUGCGCGAAACUGACAAAGUCCAGGCUGGCCUAUCCAGCAUGUUGCUCCACAGACUUACAAGCCAGGAAAUGGUGUUCCGACUACGUAUACUUCGGCAGAGGGGCUUACGACUUCUAUCUUAUUUGAGGGUAGUUUACGAAGAUUAAGUGUGACACUGACUUUACUAACUAAAUUGAUAACUAUAAUGUUUACUGUACCUUAAGUUUUGCGAUAGGUUGUUUAAUUAUAGUUAUUUUUAGGUGAUUAUCUGUUUAGGUAGGUGUGUAAAUAUGUCUGAAACAGAAGUGUGAGUGCAAUUUGACCAAUCAUGUCAUUGCUGAAUCACGUGAUAAAUAUUACGUUAAUUUCGACUCCAUAUUUUAUUAAAUAAUUCAUCUCUUUGGGGGUUAAAAAGUCCAAAAUGGACAUCAUAUUUUUUUAAAAGUAAUACCGAAUUAAGCUUUGAGACAUAUUCAAAACUCUUUUUAACCGUUUUCAAAAAAAAGGAGGAUGCCUCUAAAACGAAGGUUUUUCCGCUCAGUGCAGUACAUUUUUGUAUUUUUGAAGUCCGUUGAAAUAAGGGCAAAAUUCUAAAGUGAAAAAAUAGCUAAAGUGUUCUAUGGACUUUGUAAAUAUUAUCAUUUAUUAUCGAUUCGCAGUUUUUUGAAACAUUUUAUUAUAAAAAUUAUCAAUCGCAUUUAGUUUUACAACAAUGACUAAUAUAUUUAGUUUUACAACAAUAAUAAAUGUGUUUGUAAGACUUAUGUAUGAAUGUUAAUCUAUCUAUCUAUUUUUUUUUACAUCAAAAAGAUAAACCUGAGUCUGGUUUUGUUUUUUAUACUUGCCUGUGAUAUAAUUGGUACGAAAAAAGUAUAUUUCUAUAUAUAGCAGUUAAUUAAUAGUACUUAUUAUUAAAAAUCGCAAAAAAUAACGGACGAUGUGGAUUUCUUUCUCACAGAACCGUGUAAUGUGUGUAGUCCCUUACAUUUAUGUUACUACACGUGGCGAAUGAAGAAUGAAAUUAGAAAUGGCGGUGCAACUAUUCUUGCUCGCACAUUAUUUGCGUCUAAUAUGCGUCACAGAUCUUUAGUUUUAACUACGUAGUUUUAACUGUUUUAUCUAAUCGCAAUUUCAAUAAAAAUCAUUAAAAAAUCUGGACAUUUAAUACUAACGGACACUACACACGGACGAUUUUUCAGUUAGAACUACAGUACAGCCCCUGUAGCUUAGUGGCACGACGAUUCUCCUUCUACGAUCGCAAACGCUUCGAAAAAACAGGUCUUGAUCACGUUACCUGUCGAUAGCAAAUGUCAUUCCCACACAUUUUUCUAGUUUUCGAAGCGUUUGCGAUCGUAGUAAGAGAAUCGUCGUGCCACUACUACGUCGGGCUACAGAGGCAGGUUUGUAGCACCGGUUACAUUCAUAGGUACCUAUAGACUACCAAAAUUACUUGAGUAAUUUAAUGACCCGCCAUUUCUAAUCCCAUUCUUUAUCCGCACGGGUAGUAGAUUGCUUACCCAAAGAUAUGGCUGUGAUAAGUUAAGUUGAAAUGUUAUGAAAUCUUUUUAGAAAUAAAUUAAUUGAAAAUUAAA